UUUACCUUCCAACAUGGUACUAAAUUAAGUGCAAAGCUGUCUCCCGGUUAUUUGGCGAAGUUAUGAUUGUAGAAUAAGGUAGGAACUACAAGGUUUGCACUAUACUAGUAAAAGAGAAGGUGUGCAUAUUUUAAAUUAUAAUAAAUAUAGCAUCCACUGGUCUUUGAUCCGAGCUUCUAGGCACCGAUCGAGUCACUUGAACGAGUUCUCAAUACGACCACAGGCCCUUGGAAGUUGGAUAGCUCCAAGAAACGGGCUAGGUCGAGACAUGUGACCACCCUACAUCCUGAGGACAAAGGUACAUAACACUGUAUCUCUGCAGAGUGAUGCAUGAGUUAUUCAGCCAGGUGUUGAAUAAGAGAGAUCUCUCAAAGGCAGGAGAUCUCUUCAUACUGCAGGAUGGAGACAUAGUCAAUGACCUGCCAGCCGUCCUACAGUCUAUACAGCAGAUAUCUAAUGAACCAGACUACUGUAAGCGUGACAAUGACCAGAGUGUCGUGGAAAUAUGCAUAACGCGCGUCACUAGUGCGAUAAGGGAGACUGGUACGAUAGAGACGCAUGCACCAUCGCUAAUGUCGCUACUCAGCUCCUGCUUGGAACAUGAGCUGAAGCCGUCCGGCCGGGACGAGGACCCACCACACGCUAAGAUUGCCUCCGACAUUCUCAGCUGUGUCUUUCUGAACUAUUCAAAGAAAUCUGUGAUGAAGGUAGCAAUUCCAGUAGCAGUGAAGUUUCUGAACAAGGGCAGCAGGGAGCUGUGUAGGAGUCUAACAUCCUAUCUAUCCCUGUCUGCGAUAAUGAAUGCAGACCUACUCGCCUUACACGUCAGACCGAUCAUUGAGAGCAUCAAAAAUGGUAACAUUUCUUUGGUAAGAGUAUUGCCACAGAUAUACGCUCAAAACAAGCAGCCAAUCAAUGACAACGUUACUACGUUAAUCAGUCUGCUGCCCAAGUGUGAGAACACAGAAAAGACCAGCUUAUUACAACUACUGGAGCUAGUGGCAAAAGAUAGCCCACAGUUACUGGAAGGCAACAUCCCAACGCUUUGCAACUACCUGUCGUCAGUGCAAACGUCAACCCUCGUCCUGCAGAUAUUCGUCGAGAUGGCAACGACAAAUCCCGGGCCGUUCACCGAGCGAGUGGAGGUUCUGAAGCAGACCGUGGCCGCCCAGCCUCCCACCCUCCCGCUCGUAGUCCGUGUGGUUGGGUUAGUGGGGAGGCUCAGUCAGGAGCAUGCAAAGAACAGUUUAAACUACCUGACAUCACAACUGUCCGCCGUGGAGGAAAACAACCAGCCUAUCCUACUGCGGGAGAUCAAGCAGAUCACUGACGUGAGACACAACAUGCUUGCUGAUUACAUAGCAGAGAUUAGCCAGUACUCUCAAGCAGUGAACUCCACCACAAAGCUUCUUGUCCAACAACUGAAAACGGAUUACGCAAACAGGAACAUGAAGCUGUCACAGGAGAAUCGAAUGUCUGGUUCUGUUACGGUGAUCAAUGUCGGAGGCAGGCAGAGUGAAGGAGAUGGAACACGCAACAAAUCCUCCCUUGAGUUUGCAGGAGACAAGUUGAAUACAACAUUGACAAGUGUAGGAGAUAGGUCUAGCCAUCUAAGCAUCGCAAGGCCAGCGUCAUCUGUUAACCGCGCCAGAUCCGCUGAGAAGAUGCACUCCAAGUCAGCGUUGCGUGUGAGUCAGGCGGAGAGUGUGAAGUCAGAGAGAAGUCAGAGUCAACAGUCUGAGCGGAGCUCACAGAGCACGCUAACGAACGGAAGCUCCUACAGAACCCUCACAACGGCUUAUCAGAUUCCAGGUGAACGGCCCCAUGAUCCAAUAAGGCAGUUCUGCACCAAACAUCUAGAGAAGAUCAAGAAUUUCAUCAACAACCAAGUGACCUUUCGUAUCCCAAUGCCAAGCAAUUGUGUUGUGGACACCAGAGGCCACAGAACGCACAAGCGUUUUGCAAAGGUCUACUUUAGCUGUGCGGAGAGAGGCGAACACUGCCUGUACAACCACACUUACCUGAAGAUGAAGACACGAUGCCCUAGACUUUGGAUCCACAUGAUGUUUCUUACAUUGCAGGCACGUUCAGAGAAGCCUCUCACCCAGGAAGAUCAGCAAGUGUUGGCCCUUAAAUCUACCUGGGACUCUGUAAAAAAUGACGGCAAAAGCUUUGUAGCUCUAAUAACCUCAGCCUUCCCUUCCAUCAAGGAACAGGAGAUGCUUCUGGAUGAAGUGAAGAGCGUACGAUACUUCGACGUGUUUGAAUACAGCAGCAUUAAGCGGCAUUGGUUCUGCUUCCUAUGUGUACACCCUGAACGUGCCACAGUACUGGAGGACGGGGAACCUGUGAUUGAGGGUCAGCUGAAGGAGAAGAAGGGAAGGUGGAAGCUGUUUAGACGCUGGAGGACUCGCUACUUCACACUAUCCGGAGCGCAUCUCACCUACCGUGGCACGAAGAGCAGAGAGACACUACCAAUCGACGUAUCCCAGAUACAGAGUGUGAAGGCGGUUGGACGUGGUGUUCGGAACAUCCCGCGGGCCUUCGAGAUCUUCACGCAGGAGCGAACGUACGUGUUCAAGGCGAAGGAUAGUAAGAACGCUGAACAGUGGGUGCAGUGUCUGCAGAUAGCCGUGGCUCACUCUCAUGCCCGUGGGUAUAACCAGAGCCUGCACCAUCACAGCAUACACUGACAUAACGCCCUCAUCACACUGUCACAGCAUACACUGACAUAACAUAAGCUGACAUAUAGCACCCUAUCACAUCACUGACGUAGCACCUCAUGAUAUAUUGGUGCACACACCUCAAGAUAGUGUACACUGUCACAGCACCCCAUCACAUCACUGACAUAGCACACUGUAGUAGAGUGAAGCAGAGCAAAGCACCGAUACCUCACGCACUGACACAUGGCUACUUGAUUGUUACCUACUACAAGCAUUUGUGAUCACUGUCACUAGCACCUAAUGUUUACUUAAAAUGGCAAAACGAAUGUUUAUUGCCUGCUGUCCAACAAAAAUGUAAAAAUAUGGCUGGUUCCUAUGAGUAAGCACGGUGAGUUGACAGAUGGUGAUUUCACCGAAAUCGUUUCUUAUACGUGAUGCACUUGCUAAAUCGUAUAUAGCCUGUCAGAGCAAACCAUGCCGUAGGACUUCAAUGUUCAUUCUGAGUUAUAGGUGAUUUUUCACCUAAAAGUAGUAAAAAGCCGAUUUUUUUUUGGUCAUAAAUACCUUAGUAGUUAUCCAUGUUCGAUGUUACAUCAAUAAAACUGGCCAAAAGUGUAAUAUGCAGUAAGAUAUUUUUUCAGAUUUUUGUCCAAAUGAAGGCCAAAUGAAAACAAACUUAUGACCUAAUUACUCUGAACUUUGUUUUCCAAAAUCGUCCCGAUUCCAACUACUCAAAUGCUCAUAACUUCCGAACCAUGUGACCUAGUGAAGAAGAUCUUGGUCUCAAAAUAACCAGAAUUGAAUGGUCUUUCUGAUAAAACUACUAACUCAUAAUGUCCGAAUUGAGUCCUACGGCAUGUUUUGAUCUGACAGGCUACAUAUAUUAAUGGGGUAUGUGAACGGUUUUUAUAUUUACGAUUCUUGGCUCAGUUAUUUUGGACUAUGUAUGUGGAUGGGUUUUCAUUCGCCUGUUGGUUGUAGAAUAUUGUAUAAAAUAGCUGUCAUGUAAGUUAAAAAAACCGUAUUUGUGCAUCCACAUCGUAUGUGGAAGUCACAUAACCUAUUGUUGUAUAUGCAUCGCAGUCUUGUGCGAUGCUGGUAUGUAUAUGGUUUGCCAUGUAGUAGGACUUGGAGGGGGGGGGGCUACGUGAAACGUGAACCAGUAUACUGUAUUGUUGUGUCUUAAUUACGAUUCGGAACAACAUCACGUAAACGUUCUUCUUAUUAAAUUUAGUGCUGGUAAAACCGCUUUACAUACAACACUGUUGCUAAGAAGAAUAAGCUGAAGGAAUUUCUCACGGAAAUGAAUGAAGAGUGCCUUCCUUUAAGGCUGGAAGGUUUUUAUCAUAAAUACAUUUGUAGUUCCUCGUCGUUUACAAUAAUAAUUUUGAUAAAUAAUAUCAACGUAUACCCAUCUAUUUAUAUCAAAGUGAUACUUUAUAAUUAACUGCUGAUCUCGAUGGAACAUGUGAACGUUUGUCAUGCAGCAUUUCUUGUAUAGGUUGUGACCAUAUAAAUAAUAUCUAGAUAGUCUAUCUACACACUUCUAUGGUUGUGGCCACGAUUAUGGCAAUAAUUCUUAGGUGUGUUGUACAUAAUGAAAUUUGGGGCUUUUAUAAUCACUAUAUUUUUAUAUAAUUAAAAUUUUUGUACGGAUUUUAAAAGCACGUGUGACAGUGUGACAAUUGUGAUGCUUUGAGACAUUUCUAGAAAUCGUGAUGUACUUUUAUAAAGAACUCUAUUGCGUACACGUUUGUGCAGCUAAUAAUUAUAAUGGAAUGAUUCUGUGAUGAGACUGGGAAGGGCAGAAAGAUGUACACUGUUGAAUUGGCUGAUAGUAAAACAUUGUAUAUAAUAACAAUA